AUGAAUCAAGGGAGUGGAGAUGCAGCUGAGAAGAGGAGUGAACCGCCACCAUCCAAGAUCGAAGCUUUGGAUGGCUCCAAUUAUGAGGAAUGGAGCGGGCGGAUGAGGAGCGUCUUCAAGCGCUACAAGCUGCUGAAACUUGCGAUGGGAGAGGAGAAAAUACCAGAGGAAGGAGAUGCCCGCGAUCGGUGGAUUGAGAAGAGCGCGGUGCUGUACGACUUGAUUCUACAGUCGGUCAACAACGACAUGUUCCAGCACAUCAAGGAUUUGGUGGAGCUCGAUGACUCGGAACCGAAGGCGUGGAAGCACGUGAUUCAGCCCAACACGCUGCCCAUGGUGAUCGUGCUCGAGAAGGAGCUGGCGGCCAUCUCCAUGCGAUCGGGAGAUGAUGUGAAGCCGGUCCUUGACAAGAUCAAGGACACCUAUGCGAGGAUGGCAGCGGCGGGCAGCAAGGUGUCGGAGAUGCAGCAGUGCACCAAGAUCAUCUCGGUGCUCGACAACUCGUGGGAGAACCUCAUCCCCACCCUCAACGUUCAGCAGGACAAGUGGACGCCUGAGUGGCUACGGCAGCAGAUCCUGCAGGAGGACUUCCGCAGGCGCCACACUGGAGGUGCACAAGGUGAUGGUGCACAAGGUAAAGCCUCCCCUGGGUUGUUCCUUAUGGUUGAGGAUGUGAAAGGGAGUGAGGGUGAUGUGGGUUCGGUUGGGAAGGUUGUGAUGCACCCCCUCACUCACUGGGUGAUAGAUUCAGGUUGCACAAGCCACAUGACCCCACGGGCAGAUUUGCUUGACGAGGUAAAGCCCCCUGGGAAGAUAAAGUUUGUGGCUGCCGCUUCAGGUGCUUUGCUCCCUGUGAUUGGUGUUGGGAAUGCCAAGGUGAUGGGAGCCAAUGGGGAGCUUGUGGGACUUGGGAAUCUUCCCAUCAUCCCUUGGAACGGGAAACCUCCAGCAACGGCAGCGGCAGCAGCAACGGCUAAAGCAACUGCGGGAGGAGAUGAGACUGCACCAACAGAUGGGACCCUGGAUGCAGUCAAGAAGGUGCAGCAGCCACAGCAACCACAUGAUGGGAGGUUGAAGAGGCUGGAGGUGAAGGGGGCAGCAAAGGAGAUUGGGAGCUGCCCUACAUGCCUUGAGACGAAAUUCACCAAGUUCCCUUUCAGCAGCAGCACGGGACCAGCGAAGGCGCCACUUGCGCUUGUGCACAUGGACGUGGUGGGCCCCACGAGGGCCACUUCGCUCUCGGGCAGCCGCUAUUUCCUGACCAUUGUGGACGACCACACGCGUGCGGUGUGGGUGUACCCUCUCAAGACGAAGGGGGAUGUGGCAGCGGCUGUUUUGAAGGAGUGGAUGCCGAGAGCACAACGAGAGAGCGGACACAAGAUGAAGGUGUUCCGCACCGAAGAAGAAAGGGAUUCAGCACCAACUUACAGUGCCCUACAACCCUCAGCAGAACGGCGUGGCUGA